UUAGUGACAUUUAUUACUGUAAACCUUUUGAGGAGGGACCUGAGCAGAGCAGGAACAGCUUUGAGCGUAGAGUAGUUUCAUGUAGGUCUGCCAUGCUGGCACCUCUUCUUCUUUCCCUGCUCCUGGCAUCAGGAAGUGAUGUCAAAGGGGAGGUGGAGGACAAGAAGCCUAACUUUGUCCUAAUGAUGGUGGACGACCUCGGGAUUGGGGACAUAGGUUGCUAUGGCAAUGAUACCAUCAGAACUCCCAACAUAGACAGACUGGCUUCAGAGGGAGUAAAACUGACCCAGUACAUCGCAGCAGCUCCUCUCUGCACGCCAAGCCGGGCCGCUCUGAUGACAGGCCGCUAUCCACUUCGUUCAGGGAUGGCCAGCCCAGGCCGUGUCCAGGUACUGCUGUUUCUCGGAGGUUCAGGGGGACUUCCACCUAAUGAGACUACCUUUGCUAAGAGGCUGCAGCAACAGGGAUACACCACCGGCCUAGUCGGUAAAUGGCACCAGGGUGUGAACUGUGAAUCCAGAGGUGAUCACUGUCAUCACCCAAACCAGCAUGGUUUCAGCUAUUUCUAUGGCCUGCCAUUCACCCUUUUUAACGACUGCGUUCCCGGGGAGGGCAGCGAUGUGCUGGUGGAUCUUCAACUUGCACUCCAACAUCUAACCCUACUGCUUGGACUGGGACUUCUUACAAUGGUGUGUGUCCGUCUAUGUGGGCUCCUUGAAGUUAGCCUGUGGCUACUGGUGCUACUUUUCUUUGUCAGCACAGUAGCAGCAGCUGUGUGGUAUGUCCCCUUUGGGCUUCUUCGAACCUGGAACUGCAUCAUUAUGAGGAACCAAGAUGUGAUAGAACAGCCCUUGACAGUGGAGACACUGUCCCAAAGACUGCUGGCAGAAGCACAGAAUUUCAUAAAGAGGAAUGCUGAUCGUCCGUUCCUCCUCUUCUUCUCUUUGGCUCAUGUCCACACGCCCCUGUUCACAACGCCUGCCUUUGCUGGAAAGAGCCGCCACGGUCGCUAUGGCGACAACCUAGAAGAAGUGGACUGGAUCAUUGGUAAAAUAACGGAAACGGUGGAUUCACUCGGCCUGGCCAACAAUACCUUCAUGCAUUUUACUUCAGACCAUGGUGGGCAUUUAGAAGAUUCUGAUUCUCUUAUCGGCCAGAAAGGAGGCUGGAACAGUAUAUAUAAAGGUGGGAAAGCAAUGGGAGGUUGGGAAGGGGGGAUCAGGGUCCCUGGUAUUUUUCGCUGGCCUGGCAGACUGGCAGCAGGGAGAGUAGUUGAUGAGCCUACGAGCCUCAUGGAUCUCUACCCCACCCUGAAAUACUUAGCAAAGGACACCCACCCAGAUAGACAGUUAGAUGGCUAUAACCUCAUGCCACUGCUGGAGGGGAAAGCUGCACGAUCAGAGCAUGAAUUCAUGUUCCACUACUGCGGUGUGUACCUGAAUGCGGUGCGGUGGCAUCCACCUGAUAGCAACUCCAUCUUCAAGGUGCAUUUUUUCACGCCAAACUUCUUUCCGCCGGGCGCUGGGGGGUGCUAUGACACUAGGGUUUGCCUGUGUCAUGGCCAACAUGUGACCCACCAUAACCCACCGCUGCUGUACGACCUUUUCCACGACCCCUCGGAGUCCCGACAGCUGACCCCUGAGACUGAGCCUCGAUACGCUGAAAUCCUCCAGCAGAUUGCCAAAGCCGUAGAGAAACAUAAGAGCACCUUUCCAAGUAAAGAGGGAUCUGAUGACGUUCAAGUUCAACCCAACACAAUUCAAAACCAAAUGAGCUGGGAAAAGAUUUUGUGGAGACCCUGGCUGCAGCCGUGCUGUGGGACCUUCCCUUUUUGUGGGUGCAAGGAAGACAAAAACAUUUAAAAAUAGGUUUCGGGUUAGUGAAGUUCUUCCUUGCUGACAUAUGUCUGCAGGUUUACUGCUUAAAAAAUUAAAAAAAUUAAACUAAUUUACAUAUUAGUUAAAUUUUUUAAUAGUUUUUUUUUUUUUUAUUAUCGUCAUUUGACAAAAGUGAACCAUGUAUUUGGAAUUUGAGCAUUUCAGGCUGUGCAAUCAUUCUGUAUGGAAGCUUUUUGAUUUGAAACCUUGUCCCAAUCAAUUUGUUUUAGAAAUAAUGUGACUAUGACUAUGUUUCUAUCACUAAGAGAAAUUAAAAAAGAGAGUAAAUUAA